AUGAAGUCAAACCAGGACCUAGUCACUCAGCCUGAUGUGGACCGCAAUGGACUUGUCCAAGGUACUGACGUUGCCGACCAAACCGCUGAUGAAGAAAGGGUAGCAAUAUCAGCUGCUCAUUUAAAAUCAUUGCUCCGUCCAACUCGUGGUGUCGUCGACCUUAAUGCUGCCGCCGAGGCUUUCAAAAAUAUUGAACAUUUGCGACCCGUAGCAGCGGAGGAAAACGUCGGACAUGCGAUGCAGGAGCACCUGCGUAUAAGUGAGACUGAUGCUAAAGAGAUAUGGGAUUUAGAUCAUCCUAAUCGUGCGCAGAUUGCGGCGAAGCUGGAGGCGAAGAGACUAAAGCGGGUGGCGAAACUGGAGGCGAAAAGAUUAAAGAGGGCGGCGAAAGCGGACGCGGGGAAAACGAAGGCAGGGGAACAGGAGUCGAAACGAACGUUUGAAGCUACUGGCGAGGAUGAAGGCAAUGUGGGUAAGGAAUGA